AUGAGCUCCUCGUUGACCGGCAAACUCAGAGCUUUUGUGUUUAAUCCACAUAAUGGCCCAAAAGUGUAUCAGGACCUGAAGGCUGCUGAUGUGCCAGUAACGACUGCCGAAUGCAGGUCUUGCGCCGACCCUUGUGAUCAGGAUCACGAUGACUUUUCUAGCAGAUUGGACAUCGACCUGGACUCGGACAUGAUAGGAUCAGUGAAGCCCUACCGCCGACAGGUGGUCAUAUCAACGGGCCAAACAGACUGGGAGAAGGAAGUAACCGAAGUCGAAGGCACGCUUGCUGCCUUGUUGAUAACUGCCAACUCUUCAUUGGGCACUUCAAAGAAGCCCAAGUCCACCAACGAUCCCCUACCGUCUGGUCUUUUCUCUCAUACCAACGCAGGAAGGCUCGCCAUUCUCAAUGGAAGUCACAGACCUUUCUCUCGUGAUGAGUCGGAAGAGACUGUGAUCGUCCUUCCAGACUUCAUGGUCGUUUCUGGAGUCCCACGAACUUUGGCGGGCGCUGAGGCGUUGUGGAAAGCUGCUCUUGAUCCAGCUCUCGAUCGGGUUGGCGUGACCACCACCCGAUCUGACAAUCUCAGUACAUGGGUUCUACCAUACUCGUGUCUGAUACUGCUGUGCUCGCACAAGAGACGAGACAAACGAUGUGCCAUCGCAGCGCCAAUGUUAGAGAAGACCUUCCAGCAAUAUCUCGAGCGAGAAGGCUGGGAAGUUCACACCGACCUGCACGAUCUCACUUCCGAACCCUCCCUCGAGUCACAAGCUACCUCAACCACCGAGAAUGAACAAUUAAUCGAGACUCGACUCAAAUCCCUUCACGCUGAGCACAAGGCGUUGAUACUAAUGAACUCACAUAUAGGCGGACAUAAAUUCGCAGGCAACUGCAUCAUCUACACUCCUCGUGGAGCUGGUGUAUGGUAUGGGCGCGUCACACCCCAUGAAAUAGAAUCGAUUGUAAAGCACACGAUUAUUGAUGGCCAAGUCCUCCCAACUAUUUUUCGUGGUGGGGUUGACCUCGCCUGCCGCGGAAAAAAGACCCUGUAUGAUUGGUGACGGAACCAUCCCUUAAAUAUCAAUGAUAGAUGCUGUAACCUGCUAGCAGGGGAAUUUACGCGUGUCCCACCCAAACGACGAAAGGGAUACAGGCCACAUGAAUUAUUACAACUCCUUUAAAAUGGGGUACGUUAUACUAUAGAACAACAGCGAUAACAGAAGCAGGUAAAAACAAUCCACGAUGGACAAUCUUGUGUUCGACUCGAAACAAGAGAUAUAUAACAUGCUCCAUAAAGAGGAUAUGAGAAAAGGGGGGGAAUUGCAUGGGGAAGGGUGGCGAGAACAAAUAUGCGAUUAAAUCAGAUAAGUAGUAAUGGGAGGCAUAGUACCUCAAGCGGUGAGCACAUGCACCAAAUAAUGCAAAGGUCCAAAUUCGUCCGGAUGGAAUAAAAGCUCCGCGAGGCGCCGACCGCC